CUCUCACACAUCGAGCGGGUCAUUUCAUCAGGCGACUUGGACGACAGCUUUCUUGUCCCUUUCAUCCGUGUUCCUUGACUAUUAUCAACAAGAGGACUGCAAAGGUUCUAAUCUGCUGCUACAAAAUACUGUGACCACAGUCCUGCCACUUGCUGUUCUGUCUCCUUGAGUAAACCUAAGUGGACACACCAAAAGGACCAAUUAUAAACAAGUACUCGGUUUAAAUACCCCAUCUGCUCAAAGUACCUCUACUCUCAGUCCACUCUCAGUCCACAAGUGUUGUGUUUAAGCUGUGUCACUCACACCCACCUACACAAAAAGGAUUUGAAACACACAGGUUGCUUCAGCCCCCACGCACAGUCGCAGCGAAUAUGGCCAGCAAGCUGUCCAGCUUUGGCAAAAUCCUGCUGCGUCGCCGGGCAUUAGACUGCUCUGGUGAAGAGACCCGAUUUGCUCGCUGCCUGUCCACCCUGGACCUAAUUGCCUUGGGAGUGGGCUCCACGCUUGGUGCCGGUGUCUAUGUCCUCGCUGGCGAGGUCGCCCGAGAGAAGGCAGGACCUGCAAUUGUCCUGUGCUUCCUCAUCGCUGCUCUGUCCUCCAUGUUGGCCGGCCUGUGCUACGCUGAAUUUGGUGCCCGCGUCCCCAAGACAGGUUCUGCAUACCUUUACAGCUAUGUGACAGUUGGAGAAAUCUGGGCCUUCAUCACAGGGUGGAACCUCAUCCUCUCCUACGUAAUAGGUACGGCCAGUGUGGCCAGGGCGUGGAGCUCAACCUUUGACAACCUGGUAGAAAGAAAGAUCUCCGACUUCUUUCAAGCCUCCAUGGCAAUGAAGGUGCCCGGGGGGGUGCUGGCAGGGUACCCCGACCUGUUCGCCCUCAUCCUGGUCCUCCUGCUCACUGGACUUCUGGCCUUUGGCGUGAGCGAGUCGGCGCUGGUGAAUAAGAUCUUCACAGGCAUCAACCUGGUUGUUCUGGGCUUCGUUAUCAUCUCUGGCUUUGUGAAGGGGGACGCAGCCAACUGGAACCUGACGGAGACAGACUACAUUGGCUACAGAAACCGCACCAACAGCAGCAAGCCGUUUCAGGUUGAGGAGGAAUUUGGCGUGGGCGGUUUUGCUCCCUUUGGCCUCACUGGAGUCCUGUCUGGUGCCGCCACCUGCUUCUAUGCGUUUGUGGGCUUUGACUGUAUCGCCACAACAAGCGAGGAAGCAAAGAACCCCAUGCGGUCCAUACCUAUUGGCAUCGUGGCCUCGCUGCUGAUCUGUUUUUUCGCCUACUUUGGUGUGUCUGCCGCCCUGACCCUGAUGAUGCCAUACUACGAGCUGAACACCCAGAGCCCUCUGCCCGAGGCCUUCAGCUACGUCGGCUGGGCUCCCGCCAGGUACAUCGUGGCUGUGGGCUCUCUCUGUGCUCUGUCCACCAGUCUCCUAGGCUCUAUGUUUCCCAUGCCGCGAGUCAUCUACGCCAUGGCAGAGGACGGGCUGCUGUUCCGUGUUCUGUCCAGGAUGAACGCUCGCACAAAGACCCCUCUCCUGGCCACCAUCGCUUCUGGCAUUGUUGCAGCCCUCAUGGCCUUCCUGUUCGACCUGGCAGCUCUGGUUGACCUCAUGUCUAUUGGAACUCUGUUAGCGUACUCUUUAGUGGCCAUCUGCGUCCUCAUCCUCAGGUACCAGCCAGGCAGCCUGUCCUCAUCCAGCCAGACGGAGAAGCUGGUGGAGCUGGUGGAAGGCGAGAAGGUGGCUGUGAGUGGGGGGGACAGCGGCGACGAAUAUGGCGCGGAGAUGGAGGAUAGGCCGCUCCGAGAGGCCUUCACUGCCAAGCUGCUCUUCUGCCCAAGCGGAAAGACCCCAACACAGACCUCUGGGAACAUUGUCUACGCUACCACUGCUAUUAUUUCUGUUCUUAUCACCAUACUGUGCGUUGUCCUGGCCAACUACCUGCCAGAGCUGCUGACCGGUCAUGCAGGCGUCGUGGUGCCCUGUGUCAUUUUGACUCUGCUCUGUGGCGUCUGCGUCGUCAUCAUCUUCAGGCAGCCUGAGAGCAAAGAGGCUCUCACCUUCAAGGUCCCUCUUCUUCCCUGGUUGCCCCUCUUCAGUGUUUUCGUCAACAUCUACCUCAUGAUGCAGCUGGACCAGGGUACAUGGUGCCGCUUCACCGUUUGGAUGAUAAUUGGUUUCGCCAUCUACUUCUUUUAUGGCAUUAAGAACAGCACUGAAGCUGCCAACAGGUCGUCCCCCCGCAAAUAUGAGCCCGCGCUGCAGACCAAGAGCCCAAUUUACAAAGGCGCUCCCGAUGACAGUGACGUGGAAGCAGGCAGCAGCCCCUGAUACAGACUGAUGUAGACCUGGGAAAUGUUGCAGAGCCUCUACACUCAUUUUGGCAGUCUGGUUGAACUGGCAGCCAAAUGCUGCAGUGUAGUCAGCCUGGAACACAGCCCUGGGUUUAAAGGGAGGAGAGGCAAGAGAAACGCCACACACAUCUUACCUCUGACUUGGAGGCUGAUUAACUUGAUGGCUAGACACUGUGACAGACCCACUUUUCUGGCCCAUGUGUCUGUUUCAAUCUGUCUGUCUGUCUGUUUGUACUUAGCCUUAGCCCUCUGGAGAUAUUUACCUGCCUAUAACAUAUGCUUUGAAUGGACCGAACUAACAGAGUACUGUGGUACUCCCCCAUGAAAUCCUGUUUUUCGUUCGCUGAAGCUGUUAACUUGACAAAUGUUACACUUUAGCAAUUUUUAUUCUUUGCUUCCUCUUUGUUGUUUAUCGUGCCGUGGCUGCGCAAGGAGCCACCUGGCCACUAGGGAGUACUACUGUCUAUAUAUCUAAAAAUUAUGACUUAAACCAGCGAGUUUAUGAUCACCAAGACACUUGGCUCAGUGAGAUAGACUUCAAGCUGUUUUUAAAAACCGUGAUUUUCAUACCACCACAAAGUGGCAGAGAUGAAAAUCAGUUGCUUCUCAUGACCAGCUUUCAGUAGAGUUGACAUGUCUAGUUCAUUGGUCCUUGAUUAUUGCACCAGCCUAUUUGUUUGUGUGUAAACCAGGUAGCACUGAAGCUGUGUGGUUAACGGUGUCAGUCGGGGCCUCAGUGCAGUUAGGUCAGUAGCACAUGGUCGAUGUUUAUGUAGUCUGCGCUGCGCUGUUCAGUUUUCUGAGGCUUAAGUACAUGCUUUACAGAUUUGAUGAGUUUUACACACACUAUCGCCCUUGUGCCCCCUGCUCCCAGAGACAAGCCAUAAAAUAUAUGUUACAGUAUAAUUUUUAAAUGGUAUGAAACGAUAUUUAAUUAUCCAUGUUGUGUUUUUUGUCUCAAACGUAGGCCCAGUUGAAAUGGUAUCGUGGGCUUUGUUUCAAGGAUUUUGAUGAGGCUUUUAACAGUCAAAAGGGCAACGGACUACUUUUUGAGCCUUUUUAAGGACCUUGAAAUCCAGAAAUUUAUGUGAAAACAGCGAAGGAAAAUCUCCUCUCUACUAUCCUUUCUGGUAUUUACUGUAGUUUAACCACAUCUGUCUGUUAUUCCAAAACAACAUUGUUGGACAUUGGAAGAUUUGUAUGAAAUUUGAUUUGUAUUGGUCUGUUUCAACUUCUUUUAAUAUAGCUGUACCCAGAUAUUUCUGCAGAUCUCAGGACAGAUUUGCAUUUAGAAAGUUCAUUAAUCGCCUCAAGUUAUCUUCUGAUGUGACAAGGAACAGGGUGUUUUUUUUUAAAAUUUGGUAAAUACACAGUGAAUAGUUUCUAAUUGACAUCUGUCCAUCCCUGCAAGAUCCACUUGAGUGUCUGGGAGCUCGGGGUCCGUUUCUGAACAAGGGUCUGUCUUUAAUCACCACUAAAAUAUAUUCACCGUUUGUUUUAUUUUUACUUCCUUGUGAAAAGACUAAAUGGUUUGUUUUUGUUUUUUUGUUUUUGUUUUGUUUGUUUUUUUUCACAAUGGUUCUUGUUUAGUUUCAAUUGAAACUUGGUCUUGGCAGCUUUGUCUGAGAUCCCAUCUGUUUUAUUUUUACUACUGUAUUUACUUUUCUGAUAGUACUGUUAAUAUUUAAAUGUUUAUAGUGUUGUCUGUUUGGGAUAGCGUUCUUGUUUUUGUUUUUGCCUUUUCAUGUCAGUCUCAAUAUGCUUUUUAGAUGUUAAUGUAUUUUCAUCAUUAAAUGUACAGGUUUAAAAAAUUUUUUUUUUUUUUUUUUUUGGUCUCUUGUUGCUUCCAAAACAUUUGUUGCAAAUGUCUUGGUUCACCAAAUGAGUUAACUGAAUAUUUUCUUUCCUUCCUGACCAAAUGAACGUGUUUUCAGAAACUGAGUUUUCCAAAACAAAUAAUGACCACUUAAAGUUGGUCUCUAAAUUGUGUAAUUUUAAAUGUUUUUACCCCAAUCCUCUUGAGUCAAUAUGUUAACUUAUUAAUAGCUUUUUUUUUUUUUCUUUUUUUUUGUUGGCGCUGUUGUUGUUCUAGUAAAGUGCUAUACUGUAGAGUGUACAGUAUUUGUUUAAAAUUAUAUCUUUAUUUGUAUAAUGCUGUAAAUUAUACAAACUUACUUUCUUUAAAAUAUGUCCCUUAAGUAUAAUUUGGUAAGAGGUGGUCUUUUGAAGGCAUUUCAUUCGACACUCGAUGCUGCUGAAAUCCAAAUUAUACAAAUCCUUGUCCCCUUUUCAGUUGAAAUGGUCGCGGUGGAGGCAAAAUUGAAGCAUUUCCGCAGAUUUAAAAAAAAAAAAAGUCCCUAAACAUCUUUAUUGUUUGCUCCCCCUUUAGACAUGUCAGAACUUGACAUAUCUCCCAAAAAGUUUGUGGAGAAUUGGGGUAAGGGAAGAUUAGGAUUCAGCCAUUGUUUCUGAUGUGAAUCUAUAAUCUGGUGCCUAAACGACCAUCUUUCUGCCUGAGGAAGGCACCGGGGCUGGUAAAACAAAGGAGUCGGACUGUGUCUCAGACUAUUCAAGCUACUUCAUCGGCUACUCUCGCAGGCAUGGAACAAACCCAUAAUGUGAGACUCGAGAUUCCUGCUGCAGAUUUAAGCGUAAAACUCUUACGUUUUCUUGAAUGCUGUCAUUGAAGGACCCCGGGAAGGGUUAAUUUACCGUUAAAAUGUUCUAUGGCUGUGACUCAUGUCACACAAGAGCUAUUCAAAGACAGCCCUUGUGCCUUUCGAAAAUCUUUACGAUCAUCUCCCCUUUCCACGCUGUCUCAUUAACAGCAGUGAUCUAUUUUUGUCUUUGUUUUAUAUCCUGUACAUAUGGCUGUCAUGUAUAAAAUGAGCUGUAUUUUC